GUGUUUGGAUUAGGAUUUUUAAUACUAUCAAUGAGUCUCAUGUUCGAUCCUUGAUAUAGGUUUGCUGUGAUGUGACAGGAAAAAUAGUUCUUGAGCUUAGGGAUACGACGUCGUGGAUAUACAAGAGUAUUAUUCAAGGACACUUUGGUUUGGUGUCCCACUGUUUCUUCCUUCUUACACUGAUCUGUUGGAGUAGUAGACAUGGGGGAGAGAAAGAUGAGCAGCGGCAGCAGGCUAGUGAGAGAAGGAGAAGGAGAAGGAGAAGAAGGAGAAGAUAUAUGGGCAAAAGCCACAAAAGCAGCAGAUGAUCUCUACAUUCUGAGGGACACAUAUUUCCCACCAAACCCACUUGACAAAAUCUCCAAAUUACAAUCCCAAUCCGAUCUCUCUCUCAACCUCCUCGAUUCCAUUCCUCUUGAAUAUAGGAAAUCACCUGUGCAACGAGCGACAUAUGAAUAUCUGAGAGGCAAGUUGUUAGAUGUAGUACCUGAAUACAACAAAGAAGCUGAGGACCACCUCUCUAAAGCUGUUAAGUUGAAUCCAUCACUUGCAGAUGCUUGGCUGUGUUUGGGAAACUGCAUCUGGAAGAAGGGAGAUUUACCUUCAGCAAAAAAUUGCUUCAAUCUUGCACUAAGUAAGGGGGCAAACAAGAAGAUACUUUGUCUGUUAUCAAUGCUUGAAAGAAGAAUGGCCCAAGGUUCUGAAAAUCAGGCACAAAUUGUUGAGGAAAGCAUUCAACAUGCCAAGGAUGCGAUCACUUUGGAUGUCAAGGAUGGAAACUCUUGGUACAACCUUGGAAAUGCAUGCUUGACAAGUUUUUUUGUGACUGGGGCAUGGGAUCACAGCAAGCUCCUACAGUCUUUAAAAGCAUACCAAAAUGCCGAGAAAGAUGAGAGGAUGAAGUCCAAUCCAGACCUAUAUUUCAACUGUGCCACUGUAAACCGCUAUCUAGAGAAUUAUGAAAGGGCCCUUAGUGGGUUUGAAGCUGCUGCCUUAAAGGAUCCUAGUCUCAAUGCUACCGAGGAGGUUCAAAAGAUGGUUAAUCUUCUUGAUAAUUUGGAGAAUCUGUUGAGGGGCCAGGCUAGAACUAAACGACUUGCUUCUUUGGCAUCAUCUCUAGCUGCUGUUAAAUUGAAUUCUUCGUAUAAAAGAGCCUCUGUAGAUCAGUUGUCAGAGGGCCUGAACAGAGCAGUAGCAAUAGUGGGAAAAGUGCUUUUCUUUGUCAAGCAAGAGAAUGCCACUCCCCUAUACUAUUUGGUGUGUGAUUCUAAUCAAAUAUGCUUUGUUCUAUCAGUGUAUGGGAUGCGCAAUGAUGCAAUAAAAGAAGGAGAUCAGCUAACACUUUUAGAGCCUUAUUACCAUUAUGUUGAUUUUUCUUGGAAGGGAAAGCAUUACAAUUUCAAAUCAGUUCGUGUGGAUUUCACAGAGCAAGUUCUUGUGAAUGGAAAAGUUCUCUCUUCUCAUCAUGCUGUUCGUUCAUCAAUUUAUGCUCAACAUAAACCAUGAACUGUUGUUUCAAGUAGUAGAUUUUGUGAGUUGUGUACUUAAUGAGGUUUUGCUGUUUUCUCAUCGAUUUGUUUCCUGUGUGGCUGUAAAUAGAUUAGGUGUUAGAGAAAGAAAGAGAAUUACAUGAGCAUGGAUUCUUGGUCAAGUCAAAAGUCAAAGCCAUGUCGGCCAAUUAAAACAGAAAAUGUACAAUUUACAUUGUAUUGGAUCUUCAUGUGUUUGAUAUAAUUGAUGGAACUUUCUGCUU